AUGUCUCAUCGACUGACAAAGACCAGCAAAAAGAGCUGUCGCAAGCCCUGGCUGCCCUCAACGACCCGUUGGCCCCUUGCUGCUCGCAACAACUGGCACCGCCUAAUCGACACCUACGCCGCCGCUGCCGCACGCAACGACGCCGGCCGCGAAUCAUUCUCCUUGUGGGUGCUAGCUAAGCUCCUGUUCGACCGCCUGGUCGCAGUCCUCGCCGCCGAGUUCACCCCGGCCGGGGACGCCUGCCCCGAUCGAGCCUUGUUCGGCCGUCUGAAGCUCGACAGGGGCGGCUUUGAUCUCGAUCCCCACUGCUACCUUCCGCUAUUCUUCGGCCCAGACAUCUUGACGCGAAAGAGACUUCGAGAGGGUCUGCGGGCGUGGCUCAAUGAGCUGGCUGCUACCAGCGACACCCAGUCGCCUCGGCUGAUCGAUCAUUACCCCCGACUACUCGACGAGCGCAGACGACGAUUGAAGCAGCGAGCCGAGGCAGACUCCUGA